ACAUGGACAGAUGGAAAAACAGACAGACAGACAGACAGACAGAUGGACGGAUGGACAGUGAUAGCGAUUUGUUGUGGUUGGUCCUGACCUUCUCUGAUUGGACGUUUAGUAAAAGUGACAUCUGGCAUUUGGCCUGACAUUUCCUGAAACCCCUCCCUCCACAGUGUCUAUAGGUGAGAUCAUGAGCUCCUUCUUCUAAUGAAGCUAUUAUACAAUAGUGCGAGGCGGAGUCGAGAAGUUCUAAGACAAGUCAAAGUCAAACAAAACUAGUUCUCUGCAUAUUCUGUAUACAUUUAAAUACUUCCAUCUGAGGAUCUCAUAGUUUUGUGAAUGAAAUACCCUUUUUUUUUUUAGGUUUUCAUUAUGUUUUGGUGAAUAGUGAUGAGUUUUAUUUGGUUAAAAUUUGAUGUUGCCCUUGAUCUGUUUUAUGGUUAUGACAAAACUUCAAAGCAAAACUGAAGGAGACGUCAGAGAGACAUCUCAUUGUGUUUUACUUAUUAAGUUUGAAAACCUUUUGAAAUUACAUCUGUUUUUGAACAGUUUGACGUACCAAUUUAUACAUCUUGGAUGUGUUUUUAAAGUAAACUUAAAGAGUAUACGUACGUGCUUCCUGUUGUCUCUUCUUCUCAGCAGAGAUUGGAUGGUGUGUUGGAUUAAAGGUGUUUGGUAAUGAGGCAGACGACAGUGACAGGUUGUGAAUUUGAAACAUGUUUAUCAAAAGUUUUUCAGUUUCUUCUUCUCACAGCUGCUGCCUUCAGGGUCUUCACAGCUGAACAUCUGCCACGAUCUCACACCGUCGCCUGCCUUCUUCCCAACCGUUUUCCAGCCUUACACAAGCCGUUAAUAAGUAACAGUACCUGCAGAACACACACAUUCUUACUCACCUGGCUGAAAACACUGAGCAGCUGCAGGGUCUGUGUGCUGCUAAACUGUUUCUUAUGGAGAGACUGGGUCAACAUUUCAUCUGUGUGUUUGAAGAUUAGCCGCUGGUGUCGGCGCCUGCUGCAGCAACACAGUGAUGUCUCUUUUAUGGUUGUGAUUUAGGCCAUUGUUUCCCAAAGACUGGGUCGCGACACUCAGGUGGGUCGCAAGAGAUUUUUCUUUUUGGGUCGUCUCGCAUCAUGUUUCCCAAAUCCAGGAUUCCAAAUCCUGGGUUGAAGCCUUUUUUUUUUUUUUUUUUUCAGUUGUAUCAUGACCGUGCCUUUUUAUUGUGAGAACUUUUUUGCACAGAAAGAAAAUGUCACUUUUGUACAAGUAAAUUUCAUCUUUAAUGUUUGUUGACAUUGACUACAUUUGUGCCUCUUCAGUUGGACCAGAUUCCUUAGUUAACAGUGGAGACCAGCCCUGUCUGGGCCUCAGUAUUUGCAGAAGUUUAGAAGUGUCUUUCUGACUGUCUUAACCUCAAGACCAUAGAACAGUUGACUUUCAUCUGCACUUUCCUAUAAAUAUUCUAUGGCCUUUGCAGUACUGGCUGCUGUGCUGUAUAUAUUUUACAGACCGAUGUCUGCUCUGUUGUGCUCCAGUUUUACGGAUGGACAGACUGUGUGAAAAUCCCACGAGGAGUGGGAGGCAGCAGUUGGCAGAUACAGAGAUGGAGGAAUGUGGAGGCAAGAGGAGAAGAACGAGGAGGAGAAGGAGGGUUGAAUUGUGGCCUGAAUUAUUUGUGAUUUAGCUUAAGUCAGCCUCUAUUAAUCUGUCUUUGACUGAGCCACUUCCUGAAGGCGCUUUAGCGCAGCGAGAGAGAGAGAGGGAGAGCGUGGGGGGAGAGAGGGGGAGAGAGAGAGAGAGCUGACAGACCGCGUCCGUCUAUCUUUCCAGUUGCUCCAGCCUCUGCAGAUGCGCGCAGCAGGCAUAGACAAAAUCACACACGCGUCCACAUUCAGCAUAACCCCUACACGCACACGUGCCCGACAAGACGGGGACCGAGAGACCAAGCAGACACACACAGAAAAAGAGAGAGAGAGAGAGAGAGAGUCGUUGGCUGCGGGUCCCGCACCGUUCGUAGGAUGCUGGAACCCCCUUCUCUCGUGUAGCCAAUGUGCGUGCGCGUCUCUGUGUGUGUGUGAGCGUCCGGCGGCUGCUCGCCUGCCACAUCUCUCCUCCACUGCGCACCUCUCCUUACCCGGGACAGGAAUAACGGGAUACCGGGAGCAGUAAUCGCACAGAGGCAUCCUGAGCCCCCCACAAUGCGCGGGGCCAGCAGUGAUAUUGCAGUGGAGAGUCGGCAGUAAGCGCGCACACACACACUGAAGAUUGGAUUACGGCAAUUGUGUUUUCUGCCUGCUUGUUGGCAGCUGUGAAGUGCUGAAAAGAGGAUUUCAUUCAGUGUAUUUUUUUGGACUCGCUUGGAGCAACUCAGAGCCAGAGCUUCGGGGGUCUCUGUUACCUGGUGGUGCAGGGUCUGUGAGGCUGCUCACCAGCCCAGGCUGCAUGGUUAUUCGGAGGAGAGAAGGCGCUGUUGCAAUGUCAUCUCACACCACUCUUUCGGAGCUCCGUGAAUGGGAGAUGCUGGGAUGAAGAGGUUUGGCAGUAUGUCCCUCAGCAGCAAGAGAAGUAAGAGGAGCAGUAGAGGGAGCAGCAGCAGCAGCAGUGGCAGCAGCAGUGGCAGCAGCAGUGGCUGUCAGAGUGCCCUGCUGUCUUUGGCUCUGCUUAUGGUGGCAGUGGUGACCCUGAUUCCAGAUCCCGCGGUCGCCCAGAAGAGAAGUGGAGGUGAAAAAGUGCCCGUCCUGAACAUUGCCGUGAUCCUGGGACACACGCGCUACAUAUCAGACCGGGACAUCCGGGCGCUGUGGAGCAAGGAGGACCCCAUCGACGUAAACGUGGUGACGCUGCUGAUAAAUGAGACUGACCCGAAAAGCAUCAUCACACACAUGUGUGAUCUGAUGUCUGGAACCAAGAUCCACGGCGUGGUGUUUGGAGAUGGAACCGACCAGGAGGCGAUCGCCCAGAUUUUGGAUUUUAUUUCCUCACAAACCCUUAUACCCAUCCUUGGCAUCCAUGGAGGGUCGUCCAUGAUAAUGGCUGAUAAGGAUGUGAAGUCAACGUUCUUCCAGUUUGGUGCUUCCAUCCAGCAGGAGGCGCUGUUGAUGUUGAACAUUAUGGAGGAGUACGACUGGCACAUCUUCUCCAUAGUGACUUCCAAGUUCCCGGGCUACCAGGAGUUCAUCAACAUCUUGAAAACGACGGUGGACAACAGUUUUGUUGGUUGGGAUCUGCAGAACAUCAUCACCCUGGAUGCGGUGGAGGAGGACAGUCGCUCUCAGAUCAUGCUGAAGAAAUUGCAGUCCCCUGUCAUCCUGCUCUACUGUUCCAAGGACGAGGCCAUCUUGAUCCUGGAGGAGGCUCGUUCUCUGGGCCUCACAGGAUUCGGGUACAUCUGGAUAGUGCCGUCACUCACCACCGGGAACCCAGAGGUGACGCCUGAAGAGUUCCCAUCAGGAAUGAUUUCAGUGUCGUACGACGACUGGGACUACCCCCUGGAGGCGCGGGUCCGUGACGGGCUCGGGAUCAUAACGUCAGCGGCGGCAGCCAUGUUGGUGGAAUAUGGCGACAUCCCUGAGGCCAAAACUUCCUGUUACGGCCAGAUGGAAAAGACAAACAAGCUCCCACCGAGUGCACUGCAUAAGUACAUGAUGAAUGUGACGUGGGACGGCAGAGACCUGUCCUUCACAGAAGACGGGUACCAGGAGAACCCAAAGCUGGUGGUUAUUGUUCUCAACAAGGAGAGAGAAUGGGAGAAGAUGGGAAAACUGGACAACCGCAGCUUGACACUGAAGUAUCCAGUCUGGCCGCGCUUCAACUCCUUUGGUGACGCCGAGCUUGAUGACAACCACCUGUCCAUCGUCACCUUAGAAGAGAAGCCCUUUGUGAUAGUGGAGGAUGUGGAGAGGCUCACGGGGACCUGCAUGAGGAACUCUGUGCCCUGCAGAAAGCAUAUCAAAGACAACACCACAGAGGCGGGGGGCACGUACAUCAAGAAGUGCUGCAAAGGCUUCUGCAUUGAUAUCCUAAAGAAAAUCGCCAAAUAUGUCAAGUUCACCUAUGACCUGUACCUGGUAACCAAUGGCAAGCAUGGAAAGAAGAUCAACAAUGUCUGGAAUGGGAUGGUGGGAGAGGUGGUCUAUAAGAAAGCCGUCAUGGCCGUCGGAUCUCUGACGAUCAAUGAGGAGCGUUCUGAGGUCAUCGAUUUCUCCGUCCCGUUCGUGGAAACCGGGAUCAGCGUCAUGGUGUCCCGUAGUAAUGGAACAGUCUCCCCAUCAGCGUUUCUCGAGCCAUUCAGUGCAUCAGUUUGGGUGAUGAUGUUUGUGAUGCUCCUACUGGUGACUGCAAUGGCUGUCUUCAUGUUUGAGUACAUCAGUCCACUUGGCUUCAACAGAAACCUGGCGCAGGGAAAAGACCCCCAUGGUCCGUCUUUCACCAUGGGUAAGGCCGUGUGGCUGCUGUGGGGUCUGGUCUUCAACAACUCUGUGCCGGUGCAGAACCCUAAAGGCACCACCAGUAAAUUCAUCGUGUCCGUGUGGGCCUUCUUCGCUGUCAUCUUCCUGGCUUCCUACACUGCCAACCUGGCCGCCUUCAUGAUCCAGGAGGAGUUUGUCGACCAAGUCACAGGGCUGUCUGACAACAAGUUCCAGAACCCGUAUGCCUACUCCCCGCCGUUUCGCUUUGGCACGGUUCCCAAUGGUUCCACCGAGAGGAACAUCAGGAAGAACUACCCUGCCAUGCACCAGUACAUGGUGAAGUAUCACCAGACCGGGGUCCAGGAUGCACUCGUCAGCCUCAAGUCAGGUAAACUGGACGCCUUCAUCUACGAUGCUGCGGUGCUGAAUUACAUGGCUGGAAGAGACGAGGGAUGUAAGCUGGUGACCAUAGGCAGCGGGUACAUCUUCGCUACUACUGGUUACGGCAUCGCCCUGCAGAAAGGUUCCUACUGGAAAAGACAGGUGGACCUGGCGAUCCUGGCCAUUAUUGGAGAUGGUGAAAUGGAGGAGUUAGAAGCCCAGUGGCUGACAGGAAUUUGCCACAAUGAGAAGAAUGAGGUAAUGUCCAGUCAGCUAGAUGUAGACAACAUGGCUGGUGUCUUCUACAUGCUGGCCACAGCCAUGGGUCUCUCCCUCAUCACCUUUGUCUCAGAGCAUCUGUUCUACUGGAGACUCAGAUACUGUUUCACCGGGGUCUGCUCCGGCACACCAGGUCUUCUUUUCUCCAUCAGUCGGGGAAUCUGGAGUUGCAUCCACGGAGUCCAUAUUGACAUGAAGAAAAAGACAGAUUUGGACUUUAGUCCUCAGGACAAAAUGCUCAAACUUAUCAAGUCGGCCAAACAGAUGACCAACAUUACCAAUCUGGGUGGCUCCCACAUGAACUCACCCAAACGUGAGUUUAUGCACUCAGCUGGCCCAAUUAUCAUGGACAUGAUGGCCGAGAAGGGCAAUUUUAUCUAUGCUGACAACAGAAGCUACGCCCCAAAAGAUAUGAUCUACGGGGACACAGGUGAUCUGCAGUCUUAUCUCGCCAAUCGACACAAAAACCACCUCAACAACUACAUGUUUCAGGGAGGCCAGCAUCCUCUGACCCUCAAUGACGCCAAUCCAAACACAGUAGAGGUGGCCGUAAGCGCUGACGCUGUGCAGACUAAUGCCAAACCACCCCGGACCCUGUGGAAGAAGUCCGUCGAAACACUGCGGUCAGUGCCACCUGGUCCCCCUCCCAUGCCUGACAUGCUGAUGCCAGAUCCACGAAUUUCAAUGAAGACCCAGCGCUACCUUCCUGAAGAAGCAGCCCACUCUGACGUCUCUGACUGUUCCAGCAGAGCUGCCUCCUACAAGGACCCAGAAAACAACAAGCACUUGAAACCCAAGGACAGCUUAAAAAAAAGAUCCGUGACGUCAAAAUACCCAAGAGACUGUAGUGAGGUGGAGCUGUCCUACUUAAAGACUAAGCAGGUCACUGGUGGAACCAACCAAACUGGGAGAGGAGGAGGAGGAGAGAAAAUUUACACCAUCGACUCAGACCGAGAAAUGAGCUUGCACUCAGACCCCAUUCAGUACCACGAGAGCCGCGGUCUCGCUACUGAUGAUUUGGAAUACCCCGAGAUCUUCUCUGACCACAGUGACAACUAUAGGAAAUGUGAGCAGCCCAUCAUCCAUCUUAACUCUUCACCUUUGCAUCGCACAGAUUCCGAUCUUUUACCAGACCCGACUUAUGCUAAACACUAUAAUAUGAAGGAGAAAAACAUUUCCUUGUCACCCCAUGAAACCCUGGAUCGCUACAAACAGACACAUUGCCGUUCAUGCUUGUCAAAAGUGACCACUGGCUACCCUUCAGCGGGUCCUUACACACCCACUGGAUCUGUCACACGGUCACCCUAUAAUCGGUGUGAAGCCUGCCUCCACAUGGCCAACCUGUAUGAUAUCAGCGAGGACCAGCUCCUCGCAGACCCGGUUAGCCCCACCCUGCACCACCAACAGCAACAGCAGCAGCAGUCAGACGACAUGUUUGGUAUGUAUUGGCCACAGACAGAUGGGCCACAUGUUCAAAAGAGAAACCGGUUGAGGCUGAGCCGUCAGCACUCCUUUGACAACAUAAUGCUAGAAAAGCCCAAGGACAUAGACCUGGGCCGACCGGCGCGUAGUGUCAGCCUCAAAGAGAAGGAUCGCUUUCUGGAUUCCUCAUCAGAUUCGCACUACACAAAUCUUUUUGGAGCGCGACCUUGCUCUGGGAGACUGUUUGGCACCGGGUCCAAAUCAUUGUUCAACCAUAAUUUGGAGGAGAGCAAGAGAAGCAAGUCUCUGUAUCCGGCCCAUGGUUCGGAAAAUCCUUUCCUCACCCAUUCUCUGAGGGAGGACAGCAACAACAGACUGAUCCAUGGGCGUAGCUCCUCUGAUAUUUACAAACAACUGGGCUUAGCCUCACCUGUAUCUGUCCUCGGACCAGGUCCCAUCAAAGCACGCAAUGAUGCGAACAAUCUUCGCUCUUCUGUGAAAUCCACUACAUCAUACUGCUCGCGAGACGGGCGAAUUGCCAAUGACAUGUACAAUAAGGAGCAUGUAAUGCCUUACGCAGCCAAUAAGACUAAUGCAUACCCAGCCCAACGCGGCGUCCUAAACUCAGCUCAGUUUAGCAAUAGACGGGUGUAUAAAAAAAUACCCAGUCUGGAGUCAGAUGUUUAG